CAACUGUUGCCAGGCUGAGUUGACGAUUACUGCUGCAAUCGCAAUCAUUCUCAUCUGCGAAACCUCCGACCUUGUCGGAUCUAUUCACAUCUGCCUAACGUCUUAUACUUCCACGCACUACCUGUUCUGACACAUGCAUCCAUGGUGUUUCCGGGGAGACUGAGUACAGGCUGCUAUGUAUGCCGUAAGCGAAAGGUCAAGUGUGAUGGGAAGAGACCGGUUUGUCGUCGCUGCGUGACACAUAACAGGCAAUGCACAGGCUAUCCUGAUGCCUUCGCAUUUCGAACCUAUAAACCCGGCUCGACACACAAGAUCUCGACAGAAGAUGCGAAGGUUUCUGCUGGAUUCGGACCGGAGCAUAGCAGCAAAGCUGACGCGGGCGUCUUGGACCCUGAGGGUUCGGAGCUAUCAUUAUGCUCCACUAACCUAAUCUCCGAAGAAUUGGGGCCUUUGGUACCCACCCUUGCUCCUUGCUGGGAGUCCCAGUCCCUCGGAUACUUCUAUGAUCAGUAUGUCCUUCACGCCCAAAGGUCUCCUUGUGAGGGUCACCUCGCAUUCCUUCCGGACUUGUUCCGUGAGAAAGGUGAUGACCCUUGCUUGAAGCAUGCUGUGCUCGGCGUGUCCUAUCUUUCCUUGCAUAAUGUCUCCAGGCGGGCAGAGCUGCAUGCCAAUGCUCGACGGCACUAUGGACUGGCUUUGAACUCACUGAGUACUGCACUAAGCAUUGAAGGGGCUUAUAUGAGGGAUGAAGUUUUCGCAGCGGCACUUUUCUUGAGCAUGUUCCUUGACAUUAGCGGUGAUCACAGCUAUGUCGCAAACCCUCACAUCCCAGGUAUCUACUCCCUCAUGCAACUGCGAGGGAGGCCACCUCGGACUAGCAAAUAUGGCCGAGUCCUCUUCGGCUGGGCUUUCACCCAAACCCAAAUCCAGGCCAUAGCCAACAACCAAUAUCAGUAUGCCUCUCUGCCCUCGUCUAUCAACAUGAUCUACGAACCGGACUUCAUCUAUCGCUCGGGAAUAAUCACGGGAAAGAUAUCCGAGUUCUGUAACUCCGUCCAACGAACAAGAGAAACCUUGGGUCACAGCUUGAAACCCGCCAAAUCACUCCGCUCAAUUUUGUGGCGCGCUCGCUGCAUCCUUGACGAGAUCGACACCUGGAACGAACGGAUCCCUGGUCAUUGGAAACGCCAAUGUCUCGCCGCCAAUCCGGACGACGGUCCUCCCGAGGAGCCACAGACCACUCGCGACCCCUGGACAACCUGCUUCCUCGCCGUCGUGCAAGCCACCCAGAUUGUCUUCUACCUCCAAGUCAUAGCAUGCUGCGAUGCGCUUGACGAUCUGGAAGAAGCAAGCACGUCUGAAGCCUCGCCACACUCUCCCCGACACGACCCGUACGGUAGCGACGACGACUCCUCCGACGAGGGUCCACAUAGUCCUACAUCACUCUACGAGAUCGACUUCGAAGGUCGCAUUGAGGACCUGACGGACUCAAUCUGUUUCACUGUCACAACAGCCCUCGGCCGAAUCAACGAAGCCACGGGCGCGUUCCAACUCCACCCGCAUAGCAAGCUGGGUAACAGCUCGACAUUACUGUGGCCGAUGUGGCUGGUGGUCAACUCGUCCUUUUCCACGGCAGAGCAGGUCUCUCUGUGCCGAAAGGGGCUGGAGAGUAUCGGGUCGACCAUGGGGUACCGCAUCGCGUCCGUGCUGAGUAGGAAUGCAUGCCCACUUUCGCCGUUUGGGAUGCCCCCGCAGAGCGCGAGCGCGCUUUGUUUGCCGAGCCAGCAAGCCCACACGAUGGAUAUCUGAGACUUUCCGAG